UCAAAGAGGAGGAGAGGAAGAGGAGUUUGUAACGGAGGAAACAGGAGCAGAUAUGGUUACUGUGAAGUGACAGAGACGAAGAGGAGAAGCAGGAGGAAGAGGAGGUCAGCAGCUCCCGUGGAGGACAGACCAGACUGAUCAGAGAGCAGCCCAUGUGACCACUGAGCUGUUGCAGGAUGAGCAGGAUGCAGAGUGAGCUUGAGGGUCGCCUUGACAACCUGCUGUCACGCAUCGCCGCGGAGACACAGGAGAUCAAAGAGCUGGAGCAGCAGCUGACCGACGGUCAGAUUCUGGCUAACGAGGCCCUGCAGAGGGAGCUGGAGGAGGUGAUCUCUGGACUUCAGGAGUACCUGCGAGGACUCAGGGAGCAGGCUCAUUGCUCUCAGCAGCAGGUACACACUCUGCAGGCUGAAAAUCUGAGUCUGCAGCUCCACCUGGAGGAAGCUCAGAGGCACUGCACACAGCUGGAGGACUUGGCCAGGUCUCACACACAGAGCAUGUCUGUCCAGCAGGGGGAGCUGUUUGCACUCAGGAUGGAGGUGCAGGCUCUCAGGGAGAGACAAGUGCAAAGCAACAGACACCAGGCACAGCUGGAGGUGGAGCUUCAGCAACUGAGGGAGGAGCUAAGCCAGAAGGUGCCGCUGGGACAGGAAGACGUCCACAGACUUCCGGCUCAGCUCUCAGGUCCAGCGGAGGAGCGGCAGGAAGAUGAAUCCCGGUCUGAGGCGAGCAGGCCUAACCUCACACUGCCCAGAUGCUGGCAUCAGUGCUCUGGGACCAUCCAGCAGACCAGGACCACCAUGGCUCACAAGCACAGCCAGGAACACAUGAGCAGACCGCAGGCCCGGCCGGAAGCCCGGCUGGACCGGGACCAGGUGAAGCCCUUUGAGGAGCCAGAGGAGGAGGUGCAGAGGAGUCAGAGCAGGCACAGAUUCCUGCAGAACAGUCUGCUGCGCUCACAGAGCGACGCCCACCAGAGGAGCCUCGGCCACCUCAACAGGAAGUUACGGCAGCUCAGCAGGUCCACGCACAACAUCGACCAGCUGACUGUGGAACAGCUGAAAUUCACCAUCGAACUGCUGAGAGCGCUGAACCAGCUGCUGCACACACAGGAAUCUGUGGACGGAGACGCUCACUGGGACCAAGGCCUGCGAUCCCCCAAGGCCGAGCCAUCUGAGGCUCGCAGGCUAAAGCUGGACCGGGUGAGAAGCAGGACUGGAACCAGGACUGGGACCGGUGCUGAGGAUGGGGGACGGUGGUUUGUGCAUGCUGCACUCAGUGGAGGCAGGUGUGUGUGUGACCACAGUGAAGCAGAGAAGAAGAGGCUACAACUGGAAACCAGAGAGCUGCGACACACACUGAGACAGCACAGGAGUGUCAUGAAGCUGUGUGAUGAGGUGGAGUGUGUGGAGAAAACUCUGCUGAAGAGACGAGCGGAGCUGCGAGAGGCCGACAGGAAACUGCUGGAGGCUCAGAGCUGCAUACACACCAGCAGAGUCCAGGCCAGCGAAGCUCAGCGAGACGCCGCUGCGCUGCGGCUCAGAGGGGAGGACAAACAGCGUGCCAGGGAGUUGCAGGAAGAGGUGGAGCAGCUGAGGAGGAUGAGGGAGGAGGAAGAGCAGAUGCUCAGGCAGGUGGAGGAGGAGCUGAGGAGCAGAGAGGAGGAGCUCCAACAGCUCGACAGGGAAAUACAAACAGCCAGAGACACACUCGCUGACCUGCUGUCUGACUGUGUGGAGGCUCAGGGGCAUCUGGACUCUCUCAGCACUCAGCUGAAGAGGGACGAGGUGGAGGGAGCGAGGGAUGAGCUGCACGAGCUGGAGGGCAUGGUGGACAGGAAGAGGGAGGAGCUUGCCGAGCUGACGCAGAAAGUGGAGUCCCGCAGGAGAGAGGCCGAGUCGUGUCUCCAAGAGAAAAGCCGGCAGCAAACAGAGCUGCAGGAGGUGCAGGAGGAGCUAAGCAGGAGGAGGGAAGAGAGGAGGAGCCUGCAAGAGCAAUGUAAACACCUGGAGGCCAGGCGGAAGCACGCUGACAGGCAGGAGUUUCUGUCAGAGAUCAGCAGCGUUCAGCCGUCCAGAAGACUUCAUCCAGCCACACAGCGUCUCUGCACACUCGAACUCAAAAUGGCCGGGUACAUCACUGAACUCCAAGUGUCUUGGAAUAAAGAUGAGGAGGAGACUUUCAGUAAGCAAGGCUUCAGUAGAAUUCCUGUUAAUCUGAACCAAGGAGCUGGAGGAAACAUCAUCUACCUUUGGUACAAGAAAGGCAUGGGCGCAGGAAUCUCCACCAUUCAAUUUUCAUUCAGCCAAGAGAUGACCAAUGGCCUGCUCGAAGCAGGAUAUACAAAGAUCGAUAAAAACCUCAAUGAGGGAGCAGGUGGAGACGACAUCUACCUGUGGUACUCCAAGUCUGACAAGAAUGUUCCCAUCAAGAACAUUGAUGUCACUGAAGAUGCAGAUGCUGAAGCUCAGAAGUUUAAAGACAGCUGGGAGAGACUGGCCUGUGACCUGAACCGCAAUGCUGGAGGAAACCUGAUCUACAUGUGGGUGGAGAGGGAGACACAAACCUACAUCUCUGAGAUCAAGACCACUAUUAACUGCAGUGGAGAUGGGGAUAACUUCAAGAAUGGCUACAUCCGAGUGGAUGAAAACACCAACAGGGGUACAAAUGAGAGAGGUAGUCCUACGCCUACCAUCUUCCUCUGGUACCGCCUGAGCACCUACCCCAAGGAUGCCUUCAGAGAUCUGAAAGUCUCCACAAACCAGAGCGAAUAUGAAAAGUAUCAAAAUGCAGGCUAUCAGCGGGUGAACCAGGACCUGAACGAGGGGACUCGAGGAAACAAGGUGAACCUGUGGUACAAGAAAGACGGCAGUAAAAACCCCAUCAAGGCCGUCACUGUGAUCACCAACAUCCCAGGAGCUGUGGGGCCGUACCAGAGUGCCGGGGUCAACGUCAUCGAGGGGAGCCUAAACGCGGGCGGCAACGGUGUUCCCAUUUAUGUGUGUUUUAAUCAGUGA